AUGGCGCACCAGUUCGCAGAUAGCGAUCGCGCGAUCAACACAAACCUCGUGCGCUACGACUUCAAGGCCGAUGCCUCAGAGUCGGUGCCUAACUCGGUUCGCAUACGCUUUGCUUCGAGGCUGAAGCCCCGCGGAGGAGAAGGAAAGCUUGUGGAUUUGGUCAACAACGGAAAGAUCAGAGUCCCGCCCACUAAGCCAACAGACACUGAGCUUAACUGCACGGAAGCUGAUGAGAAGAAUGUUGGCUUAUGGAUUGGCAUGCGUCCACCUGGCGCUGAAAAUUACACGCGAAAAAAUCUGGGAGGCUCUCUUAACGGGAUGAGCGUCUUCAGCAGUAAGGACUCUGCUAUUAAAGUCAUCGCCCACGACCCCAACGCGCUCCGCGUUGUAUGCGUCAACUCUGGACACGCCCACGCAAACUUCUUCGCCCUAGCUAAUGUCAAUAGCGAGGGCCUUUGCGAAGCCAUUGAGUGCAAGGCACCCGAAAUUUUCUAUUUUGAGCCAUAUCGUGUCGACACUGAUAAGGCAAAUGGUCAACGAGAAGGGGGCUGGAACCGCAAGAUUGUGGAGAUCAUGAAACCGGCAGAGCGAGCAUCAGAAUCAUGGCCAAAGAGCUACGACAAAGAAAAGUUCCUAGUGGAAAUGCCGCAGUCUCGAAUGAACGACAUCGUUGGUAUCAUCUCAACGUACCUACUCAACCCGAACGUGGAGAGCUCCCUGUUAGACAGGGCCCUGAAACUGUUAACUGAGGAAGGCGACGAGGUUUCUGAGGGCAGUGAAAUGCUUCCCCUACUUGCCAUGGAUCCCAAUUCCAUUGAAGAGAAUGACUGCAAGCAGCUCAAGAGCGAGCUUGAGUCUGCGUAUCCCGGAAUUGAGGAGAUGGAAAUAACUGAUGGGGAGCUUUACAGCAUGUGCCAAGCUUGCGCUGAGGGAAACCUCAUCCUCCCAUAUAUGCACAUCAGGCCUUUUGUUGUCGCAUACAUAUACCACACAAGAGUAGAUCCACAAAUCACGGAAGACGGCGCCCUUGUGAUCCAGACGCUGCAAAUGGUCCAGCUCCAGAGCGGUAUGAAACCUCAGCCACCGCCCAUGGUACCAGGAGAUAGCAUUCGUACUCUCAUCCACACCAUGGCCGAAUCGUUGCAACAGGUCCUAGACCACUCUAUCGAGCAGAACAAGAGCGUGGCUGAAAGCCAAGGUAACGCAGUGGUGGCUGACGCACUUCCGAAGGUCUUUGAAAAGUGGGGAACCACCUUCGACGUCGAAGUCACAAAAGUCUAUGGCGCACAGGUGUUUCGGUACCUCGCCUACAUGGUGUUGCCAGCGGUGACGAAAGAUUUGCACAAGGCACUCAAGGCACGAAUCUCAAUGUUCAGGGCAUUAGAAGCAGGAUGGGAUAUGGGCGAGGACCAGGGAUGA